GGCUCCGCGCCACCGCUCCCGCCACUCUGUUUUCCCGCCAAGUUUCAUUUGUGGUGGUCCCCAGCAGCUGUUGCAUGCCGCUUUGCCCUGUCUUCUUUGAAGUUUUCUCUCUGCUGCUGCCUGCUUGUAUUUAUCCUUCUGUCAGCAACACACGAGAUGCCAGCCAAACAGGAAUCAAUCACCUUCCCCAUUCGCAAAACAAAGUCCUCAAGAAGCAAAUCUGGGAAGUUAGCAGAACAGAAAGACAGAGAGGAUGCCAGAAAUAAUGCAUACAAUUGUGCUGAAGUAGUUAUUGAUGAAACAAUACUAAAUGACUCAAGCUCUCAAGAGAUCUCAUCACUAAAUCAGACAAUUGGCCUGAGUCCCAGAGAAAGUGUAGUGCAAAGAAGAACCUCAUCAAAAAUUCAGUCCACAGUCCACAGCACUCGCAGGUCAUCUCGAAAGAAGUGUCCCAUAAGUUAUCGUGAAACUAGUCCUAGCCCUCAGAAGAAGCAGUUUAAUGUGUACAGCAAAGACACUCCAAAGAAAUUAACCUAUGGAGAAGAGUCAUCACCAGAACGUGUCUCUACCAGUGACUAUCUUGGCACAUCAGUAACACCUUGCAAGAAUACCAGCUCAGUCAGAAAUGUUCAAACAUCAUCCAAAACAAGAGAAUGUGUCACCAGUUAUCAAGAGACAAGUUCCAGCCCAAGGCAACUACCACUGAGGAGAAAUAGAAAUUUGAACCAAGAUGGAAAUUCCACUACCCUACAGAAGUUAUCCCCAGAGGCUGUCUCCCUUGGCUACAAAUGCUCAAGAACCCUCAGUAGAUCAGAAACACCCACUAGAAAUGCCAGAAGUAGAGACAAGGAUCAAGAGCACCUGACUCCAACUAAGAGAAAAGUUUUAUCACCAGAUGCAGCAGAUUGUUUCAGUCCUACGAAAAGGCUGGUUGUAGUCUUAAAUGGAAUUCCAAAGGAAUAUUCUGAUAAACUUCCAUCUAUGCUUAGUCCAUCAUCCAAUCACCAAAAGGUCCCAGAAUUAACCACACCAAAGAAAACACAACUGAGCACACCACCUAUUCCAUCUCAGGUGAAUCCAUCUGGUUCAUCUCUCAUUCCAUCUCAGAUGGGUUCACAUGACACUUCAGUUACCACCGGCUUACCGGUGUCAAUGAUAGAAAAGCCUCACUCAUCCACAGUUCACUCACUGAUUGGUGUGCCUCAGGCUCCAGCCCACACUGCUCAAGAUUCCAAAGCUACAGAAGAGCAUCAUACAUCUACAGGUCCUUCACUGAUUGCUGUAUCUCAGACUCCAGAGUGCACAGCUCAUCACUUCAAAGCUGAGUGCAAAAGUCCAUCACGCUCAGUUGUAAAGCGCCUUAAUAUGAACAGCCCUGUAAAAUCUCCCAUGAAACCUUUGUUGCUUGCCAGUCCGAGGAGGUCCCCUCGGAAGCUCAACAAUGAAAAUAAAGCUAGUCCUCAAAGAAGCUUGAUGAAGGCCCUUCAGUCACCCUUGCACUCUAGCAGUCCAUCUUCACUGGUGUCAAGACUCAGCCUGGCCAGUCCCCCUAGUUGCAAGAAGAAUUUGGCCAUGGGUCUUUUCAAACCAAAUGUUAGUGCAUACCGUUCACUGCGGCAAAGCCUUAACACUGGCACGCCAUCAGUUCUAGUGUGUCGGGAAAAGCAAGCAGAUGAAAUAAGAGAAUUCCUUACCCACCACCUCACUCAAGGCAAACCAGGUUCCCUUUACAUCUCAGGUGCUCCAGGAACUGGCAAGACAGCUUCACUGAACUCUAAUCUGGAAAGCUUACAGGUGAAGAGAAUUAAGACAGUCUUCCUGAACUGCAUGACCCUCAAGACAACAGCUGCUAUUUACAAAACCAUCGCCUCUGAGCUAAGCCUGAGUGUGUCUUCCAGUGAGAGGGAAAACAAGAAUGCAAUUGAGAAGGCACUUACAAUAUCCAGGCACCCCAUCCUGUUGAUGUUAGAUGAGGUGGACCAACUGGACAGCAAGAAUCAGGAGGUGCUAUAUACCAUCUUUGAGUGGCCAGCGCUGCCUUGUUCCUCCCUAGUGUUGGUGGGCAUUGCCAACUCUCUUGACCUCACUGAUCGUAUCCUCCCACGUCUUCAAGCUCUGCCAAACUUCAAGCCAAAGCUGCUUCAUUUCCCUCCCUACACCAAGGCAGAGAUUGUCAAAAUCAUCACCCAUAGAAUAAAAGAGGCAAAUCUUGGUGAGGUGCAAGUGAUUCGUCCAGCUGCUAUUCAGUUGCUGGCAGGCAAGGUGGCAUCCAUUGCAGGGGAUGUCCGGAAGGCUCUUGAUGUCUGCAGGCGGGCAGUGGAGCUUUGCGAGACUCAAGCUCGCAAGCAGGCUGUGCUGAAGCCUUCCAAUGCCAGUCCUCAAAAAGCUUCCAAGACAUCGCUGGACAGUGUUGUACCAAAGAUGGUAGAGAUACCACAGAUUCUCUCUAUCUUCAAUGAGGUGUAUGGGUCCCGUGUGGUGUCGGCUGUAACUAACGCCCCAGAGAGCUUCUCAUUACAGCAGAAAAUCUUGAUUUGCUGCUUGUUAUUGAUUCUCAAGCAUGCAAGAUCUAAGGAUGUAACACUUGGGAAGUUUCAUGAAGUUUACACACGAGUAUGCAAGAAGCAACAGGUUCCAGGAAUGGAUCAAACCGAAUUCCUUUCCCUCUGCACACUCUUGGAGUCAAGAGGAAUGCUGCAAGUAAAGCGUAACAAAGAAAUUCGCAGCUCAAAGGUUUUGCUGCUCCUGAAUGCAAGUGAAGCUGAGAAUGUCCUUGGUGAUCGCAGUCUCCUGGCCACCGUCCUGGAAGACAGAGAAAGCUUAGGAAAAUUGUGCUCUCAACAGAAGAGGUAGUUAUGCAUCAGGGGGAGGAAUAUUCACAAUCUAGAAACCAGUGUUCAUGUAUGCAUUUUUAUUUAUAUCAUUUGAAUUCAUUACUAUUCACUCUUAUUGACUUUAGGAGACUUUUCUUGAGUAUUUUAUUGUUUUACUAUAUUUCAUACCAUAGAUAUAUAUCAUAAGGAUCAACAUACACUGCUGUUCAGCUCAUGAAAACCUAAGAAAAAGUUAGGUUUAGUUUAAAAAGUUUUCUUGCAUCUACAAAUGUUUUAAAAGUUUUCAUGUAUCUAUAAAAUGUAUCAGUUUUAAUUAUAUGUUUUUAUAAAUCUGA